UCGUGAGGCAGCGUAACGUGCCGUGAGCGCGCGCUGUGGAUGGUGUGGUGGUGCGUGAUGCAGCAGAGACGCAGUGGAGGAGGAUUCACGUGAGGAGAGAAAACGGUUACAGGCAUCGUUGUUCAGUAUUUGUCACCGCUGUCUGAUCAUUUAUUGAUUAAUUUAUCAUUAUCAAUAUUAAAAUAACCUGCCGGAUAGUAGCUUAUGGGGCUCCUGCGCGCGCACAGAUGUGUCAGACUGCGGUAAAACCGGCUGCUUCUGCACGAGCCCGUUGAGUCUGUGGAUCAGCUCGUGCCAACAAGAGCAUGUAACCGGCUCAGGUGGACCUGAAAGAGCCCGGAAGACCCACAUCCUUCAUCCACCCAUCAUUGGGAGAGGAGGAGGAACAGGAGGAGGAGGAGGCACGUUUCAGCUCCUCUGACCGGUCUUGGUGUGAGCAGGUCGGUCUCUGUGCAGACCGGCUCGGACCCCCCACCGGCGAUCCCGGGUUUGACAGUGUUCCGCUCGGCUAAGGAUCCAUGUAGACCGGGUUUGUCAUUCUCAUGGGCGAGGACCAGGACCAGGACCGUGACCAGAAACACAACCGAGGAUCCGAAGCGAACCGGGCCUGCGAAGGGGUUCUGGACCCGGAGAGGCAGAGGAAGUAUGCGGAGCUGUUCAGACAGCUGGACCUGAACAAUGACGGCAGGGUGGACAUCAACGAGCUCCGGAUCGGACUGGCGGCUCGGGGUCUGCACCGGGGGGAGGCGGAGGAGGUGAGGCACGGACAGGGCCCGGGUAUAGACUCAGUUCGGACUCAGGUUAGAGCGGGUCAGACCCGGGUCAGAGCAGGACAGGCUCACACACACACAGGUUGGAUUACAGUGUCAUUCGGAUCUGCAGUGUCAGCUGAAAGAAACCACGUGACUCACUGAUCUAUCACUAUCAAGUCUUUACAAUAAGCAAUAGGGGAGACCGGGGUAAGUUGAGCCACCCCCUGUUUCUUGGAAAUGGUCAAAGAAAUUGAUCAUGUGACCAAAUAUUUAGGAGAUGGGCAUCAAUUCAUGGAGUCUGUGAAGGUUAGAAGCACAUGCACCGUUCCCUCGCAAACCGCCGCAAUGAUAGGAUGCUGCGAUUCUUAUGCACUACUUGUUACAUGCUGUGUCCUUUUGUAUGCAAGUUGUUGUGGUGGCAAUUUAGCAGAAAAAGUUAGUUUUGUCCAACAAAAUUGAUUCCAGAGAGUGUAGUUCAAUGCGUGAUUCGUUCACCAAGUGAUUCAGUUGUCGGUGCAUGUGGUCCCUCGUUCGCCGGCUGCUGGCCUGGCAAUGCUGUUUCUGAAUCACUUGACGAACGAAUCACUUGAGGAAGUGAUUUGGUUCUGUAUGGAGAGAGAAGGUGAGGGAGGGCUGGGGUAAGUUGACCAUAGGAGACCACAUUUUUUGCCAUGCUAUAUUAUCAAGACAGUUCUGUUUACACUCAUUCUGUUGGUUUGCAGGGAUGAACAACAUCCUGAAAUAUAUGCAGAUACACUAAUUAGAGACAAAACUAUGACUGACUUGAUGUAGUGAUCCAAAAUAUGAAAAAAUGCAUCAUCUUACCCCACUCUCCCCUACUGGUAGAGAAAUAAAAAAUCAUUAGUUGUUGGUGCUUAGCAACAAUUUCCUCAGUUUUCACCAUCUGUGUGCCAAAGCAUGUGGAGACCUUUGACCUUUUAUUGAAGGAGUCACAUGUGAGGGUUUCAUUCACCUGUGGAGAGCUGACAGAGAAAUCAUUGAGACUUUUAGAAUAAUGUCAUCUGCAUUCUCACUCCUGAAAACAUGAAGUCAUCUGAGCAAAUAUAUUAUUAAGAGAACAAAGUUGUGAGUGUUCCUGCAACACCACAACCGUAUCAUUUUACCUUCUUGUAACACAUUUAUUCUCAACACAGCUCGACCCUCAUAAUAUGACAACUUGGUGUAAUCUUACUGCACAAAAACUUAACCCUUGAAAUUCCAGUUUUCUUUCAACACAAUGUGCCUCUAAAAAUCCAUCAUGAUAAACAGCUAAUUAGAAAGAAAGUAAAUUCCUAUGCAGUUCAGUGAGGAGCCUCUCAUCUGAACUUAAAGCUGAUCAAUAAAGAAUGAGAUCAGUGUGUCUUUCACUCGGUUUCUCCAUUACAGCACAGCACACUGAGUCCCGAGUGAUUCGCUUAAAGUCAAAUCAUUUCAGUGUGAUGAAAAAUAACACCUUUGUGAUAAAAACAGAAAAGUCUUUGAUGGAUAUUUGUAAAGUUAUGAGAAGUAACGGCGCAGAUUUCUGUCUUAUUUUAUCAUUAUUGAAAAGCACAGGUAUGUUUGAUAACAUUCAAGAGUUUCUUUGUGUCAUAAAAACUCUAAGUGCCUCAGGAAUAUCAGGACACUAUUUUUUUUCAAUUAUAAUGAAAGUCAAACUCAGUGCUUAUGUUCAUAUAUUUUUCAUGUUACAGCCUAUUAUAAACACAGAGAAGCUUUGGCAGUCUGAAGAGAAUAACCGUGAAAUAAUCUGACAGUCCUGUCGUCAAACAGAUCAUUUAUCAGCCUCCUGCAGGUGUUUCUGCGUCCUCCUUCUGUCUCCAUCUUAAGACCCUCCGUCCCAGUUUUAGUCUGAGUGAGUGUGAAUCCCUGCGUGUGUCAUUGACUGUCUUUAAAUAUAGACCACACACCCCUGUGUCCUCUCAUAGUAAAAAAAAAUGAAGCCGAGAUACCCUGGAGACGGGCGCAGAUGUCACACACUCGUGAUGCGUCCAUCAAGUAAAGCACAGAUUUAACUUUUUGGUAGGUAGUUAGUUUUCCCUCCUUUGCACAGACCCCUCGCCAUGGUUGUCAACAUAGCUGAUAUCAGAAGUCCCGCCCAGUCUUGCUUUUCAUUGGCCGGCUUUGGAGAAAUGACACUGAUAAGCUCGGCGUUUAUCCAGGAGACGUCUAUGUUUCCAAACUCUUUUAGCUGAGAGUGCUGCGACGAGAGCCCCUGACGCUGAGGACACUCAGCUCCGAGGACGCUGAAGUGCAGUAAUUUUUUAAAAACAGUGGAAACACGCCCAAAACAUUCAGACUGGCAUCCAGUAAUGAACUAAAAACACUCGUCUGACUGUGGAGGACUCUUAUGUGACAAAAAUUCAACACAAAGAAAGUCAAGAGUACAGCAGAGUUUGAGAGCAGAGACUCUAAUCCACAAAUUUAAAGUUUCUAUGCACCAAAUUUUGUAUUUUUUUAAGAUGCAAACAGAAAAUGAAGAUAAAACAUCACAUGCACAUCUGAAACAGGAAGAGUUAAACCAUAAAUGAUCAUUCCUGCCAAAGACCAGUGACCUGAGGACAGGUUUUCACUCUUUUAUGUGUUAAUAAGCAACAACCUGUACUUGUUCCUCAGCUGAGGUGUAUGAGUGUGUUUUCCAAGUCUUAUGAGGACAGGAUCUAGUGUUUUCUUCUCUCUUUCUGUCUGUGUGUCCUCAUGAAAACAGGGCAGGUAAUGUCUACAGGUAAGAAAGGGUUCAUUCUGAAUUCAACACAGAGCACUAAUGUUCACUUCCUCUCCUCUUUCACCUUUUCACUCUAAGCACAUCCCAAAUCCUAACUAAACUCAAUACCACAACACAAAGUCACCUCUACGGUAAGCCAAAUGGGACAUUAUUCACAUUUUAUUUCACUUUCUUACCGUAUUGUUGUGAGUAAAAUCAAAGUUUUCUGUGUAGCGUUGUUGGAAAUGGUCGGAACUGUUCUCUGGGUUAAUGUGUGACAGUGUUGUGAUGUGACCCUAAAAUAAGCGAGAUGUGUUUUGUUAACAGAGACGUGUUAAAAUAUGUUUUAAUUCACUUCAGCAAGUUCUAAACAUAAUUAAAUGAAAAGCUGACAGUGAAUUAUGUCCAUUUCCACCUUCCAUACCUGAGCACACUUCUCACCAGAUCCUCCUCUUAACCUGUUUUUUCUAGCUUUACAUUUUGCCCCUGCUCACUGACUGACAGGCUGAUAUUUUCCCCCUGCAUACGGACUGACAGGCUUGCUCUUCUUCCACAGAUAGUCCAGGAGAGUGACAUGAACCAUGAUGGACUUCUGGACUUCCAGGAGUUCUCUCAGUACCUGCAGGCUCAUGAGCAGAGACUGCGGCACAUGUUCCACAGUCUGGACCGCAACAAUGACGGUGAGGGCGGGACUUAACCCUCUGUCAUCUGUUAAGACGUGUGCUACAACUACGUAGAGUCUUAUCUUUGUUUUUGGUUCUGCAGGUCGGAUCGAUGUGGGGGAGAUCCAGCACUCUCUGCACAAACUGGGAAUCAAAGUCAGCAUGGAGCAGGCCUCCAAAAUACUCCAGAGGUACGAAGAGAGUAAAGAGACUAAACACAACUCACCUUCUCUCUUCCAGCAGCCGCUUGUUUGUAGCGAGACCUCAGGCCGGUCCAUUACGGACUGCAGCGGGGUGACGCAGCUCAAGGAAGAACAUUAACGAUCAUUUGCUAAAGAAAUGAGUCAAAGUUAAAAAGAUGUUUGGUGGCUGGGACCCUGUAUGUCCUGUUGAAGAUAAGGAGUUUAUGUGUUAGCAUAAGUGUGAUAAAAUUGUCAUUGUCUCCUAGUAUGGACAAAGACGGCACAAUGACCAUCAACUGGAUUGAAUGGCGCGAUCACUUCCUCUUUAACCCUUUCCACAACAUGGAGGAGAUCGUGCACUACUGGAAACACUCUCAUGUGAGUCACAUGACACACAGACGGACGUGUUGUUGUUACUCUGAUAACAUCCUGAGUCUAAUCCGGUUGUUUCUCUCAGAUGUUUGAUAUCGGGGAACAGCUGACUGUACCUGAUGAGUUCUCGGAGAAGGAGCGGCGGUCCGGUCUGGUGUGGCGGCAGCUGGUUGCUGGGGCGAUGGCAGGAGCUGUGUCCAGGACAGGAACUGCUCCUCUGGACCGCCUGAAGGUCUUUCUACAGGUCAGGGAUCACUCAGUCGAUCAAAAAGACACAUAUAUAUGUCUGUGUUUAUCCAUCUGUAAAGUUGGACGGUUUAACAUGAGGAUCUAUGGGGAUUGACUCAGUUUUGGCCACAGCCUCUAGUGGACACUUGAUGAACUGCAGUUUUAAGACUUCAAUGUCAGUUUGACGUUUAUUUAUUUUAAGAGCAUGAAACUCUUGAUUUGCAGUUAGAGGUUGACCUGUAACUACCUAAAAAAGAGAAAGACGUUAAACAAAUUGAAGAUGACAGACACAAAUCAAAUACAAAAAUACAUCUCCAUGUAAAUCUCAGGAGUACAGUGGUAAUAAUGUCCCUUUAGGCUGUCCAUACAAGUCAACAAAACAGGCUUCUGGGUAAUUUUUGGUCCCACAUCCAUACCUAACAUUUCAUCUUCCUGGUCUGUAUCUGUGUGCAGGUUCACGGCUCCUCUUCCCGGGGGGUCAACCUGUGGACUGGACUGAGGGGCAUGAUCAGAGAGGGGGGCGUGGCCUCACUGUGGAGAGGGAACGGCAUCAACGUCUUGAAGAUCGCCCCCGAAUCAGCGAUUAAGUUUAUGGCCUACGAACAGGUCGGUGUAGUUUUGACUGUUCCUCUGUCAGGUAAUGAGACUGAAUCAGGAUUAUAGAUUCUGUUUCUGUUUCUGUAGAUCAAGUAUGUGAUCCGCGGCAGUAGGGAAGGAGGCUCCUUGAGGGUUCAGGAGAGAUUCAUCGCCGGUUCUCUGGCAGGAGCGACAGCACAGACCAUCAUCUACCCCAUGGAGGUACGUUCAUCCAUGGAGGCCCAUAACUUUAUAUUGUUUGUGUCGUCGUUGAAUUAUUCAUCCUCCUCCUCUUCCUGUUUGUCCUCUCCAGGUGCUGAAGACUCGUCUGACGCUCAGGAAGACGGGUCAGUACUCAGGUAUGGCUGAUUGCGCCCGACAGAUCCUGAGGAAGGAGGGGGUCCGAGCGUUUUACCGAGGAUACCUGCCCAACACAAUCGGCAUCAUCCCGUACGCUGGCAUCGACCUGGCUGUGUACGAGGCGAGUCUGCAGGAGGGUUUUCAGUUUUCUUAUCUCUUUAGUAAAUGAAUCAAUAAGUGAAUAUUCGUUGGACUUCUCUCUCUCUCUCUCUCUGUCAGACUCUAAAGAACGCCUGGCUUCAGAGGUUCUGCGUGGGCUCUGCUGAUCCCGGAGUUCUGGUCUUACUCGGCUGUGGGACCGUCUCCAGCACUUGUGGACAGCUGGCGUCAUAUCCCCUCGCUCUGAUCAGGACUCGCAUGCAGGCACAAGGUGAAACAGACAUUUAAUAGACACACAUAAACACUGAGUUUUAACGCAGUAAAAGUCCUCUUUCCUGACCUUCUUUGUUCAUCUGGUUCCAGCGAGUACUGAAGGUAAACCCAAGCUGACCAUGGUGGGACAGUUCAGGCACAUCAUAGCCCACGAGGGCGUCCCGGGACUCUACAGGGGAAUCACUCCGAACUUCCUCAAAGUCAUUCCCGCUGUCAGCAUCUCGUACGUGGUGUACGAGCACAUGAAGAAGGUUCUGGGAGUCGGUCAGUAACUAACAAUGAAGGAGGAGGAGGAAGGACAGAGACUUCUUAUUACUGCAUGAAGAAGCAUUUAACAGACUGAUUCUGAUCCUUUUUAGACACAACAACAAUCCUUAAGGUACGAUCCUGGCCCAGCCUCCACUGUCCCAAAAACCAAAUAAUCUGUCAAAAAGGAAAUUUCAGUGAAAAAUAGGGAUCCAAAACAAAAGUAAUCCAAAAGUAGGAGACUCACCAGUCCUUGAAAUGCUCCAACUCUCACCAUUCCACUGUUCCCCGUCCAAUAUUAGGACCUGCAGCCUCAGAUGUGUCCUGGGUUUCCUCACUUGGGAUCAGAGGCCCGGCUUUCCUCCUGGAACCAGCCAAAUCUCUCCUCAAACAUUUCCUCCUGCUCCUCCAUGUUUCUCCUUCUGCUCCCACCCCUCUUCACACCUCUAGUCACCUGACUGCAGCAGGUCACCUGACCAGACUGCCUGCAGCUCAACAGACCACACCCCAAUCACACACAACAGUACUAAGGUGAGCUUGGGGAUACCACCUUACAAAGUUUUAACCCCAAAUAAGUUUAUUCAUGUAUUAAUUCUUCUUUUCUGGUCUUCUUUAAUCGAUGGCCUUUUUUCUGAAAUAGACUUUGAGUUGUGUUUAGAUAAGACAGAGACGGUGUUUUAUAUUAAUCUUAUAAUUUCAUAGUAUUUGUUUUGUUGCAGAUUCUAAGCAGCAUAUUUAAAUAAUUUUUCUCAUAUUUUAAGAUUAUAGGGAUUAUUGCUUCAUGUGUUGUGGCCUGAGUCUCCUGCAAUUAAGAAUUUCUGUUGCUGCCUAUUAGGAAAAUAACAGAGGAUGAGCAUCACCAUCAGCACCAAACCCCUCAGAGAAAACAGCAGAUUUAAGAAGCAGUAAACAGAUAGUUUUAUCCCUGUGUUUAAGACGGUUUGCUUUUGAUUUUUUUACUCAUUUCAGUACGCUUUGAUCUGGACGAUUCCUCGUAAUGAAUUUACUGAACCGUCUGAACUCCUGACUUGCAGAACUUUUUUGAAACUUAAAGAAAUUUCGACCCUUUUCCUAAACAUUGUUCGCUCCACUGGAGCUUCAGCCAAAGCUCAAGUUUAGCUGCAGUGGUCCAAAAAAGAGGACUGAGAGUUUGUGCGCAUGACUUUUAUCAUAUUAAAGUUUAACUUGAAUAGAAAAAACUGCACAGCAGUGGUUUGUGCGUGCGGUUUCAAUGCAGCUGCAUGAAAAAAACAGACUUUGAAUGUCAAUAUUUUCAUAGAAUAAAAGAAAUAUAUUGUCUAUAUUAUAACUAUCAUUAUGAUGCUUAUGGAUGCUUUAUCUCCUUUGCAAGUGUACUUGAAGUGAUCGAUGCUUGAUGCCGUGCAGGCAUGAAGUAUUUAUAUUUUUUAAAGCAUGAGUGCAUGUUUUCCUGUACGGAGAGCCAAAAGGGACAUUAUACGCCGCUGUUUCUGAGUGAUUUUUGCCUUUUUAUCUGUAAAUAUCCCGCAUUUCUAGACGUACAUUUAUAUAACGUUACACCAUUAAAACUGCAAUUAUUAAGGUGCUCAGUGAAGGAGCAAUAAAACAUUAUUUCUUUUGGCAUGUAGAGCAUUUGAACUCCACAUUUAACAUAUUAAGGGCCUUUUUGCAAGAGGAAGUAUAAAUACAGGGUAUAUUUGUCCAUCUCCAACCAGUUUGACUUGGUGCAAUUUCAGUCAGACUAACAGGUUUACAUUUAUCCUAAAAGUCCAGUCUCGAUCUGACUAAUGCAAUACAUUCAAUUUUUUUUUUUACUUGCUAGGACCUAGCGGUGAAUAAUGUCCCUUUUGGCUUUCCGUACCCCCACCUGUCAGUCAGAACUGAACCUGCUGACCUCCGUAUUUUAAGACUGAAAACUAUCUUCUGUGAUCUGCUUUAAACUCCGAGCAGCUGUAAUAUGAGUUUGUUAAAAUAAGAGCUUCUAGUUUUGAUAAAACUGGCUGUGAGAUAAAUAUGUGUGUGUGUGUGGAUCUUAACACACCUCUUUGAGAGAGUCGAACCUGUGACACUGGUCAGAAAGAGGACUGUAAGUGUUUAUUUGUAAAACAAGUUUCAUUAAAGAUUUAUUUGCACAGGGUCGUGUUUGAAG